AUGUCUGCAGGUAUGGAUAGAUAUAUGCAAUAUAGAUUGGCUGAACAAGAUGAAGAUUGUGUAGAUUCAUUUACAGAUUUGUUGACAAAUAAUAAUGGUAAAAAGAAUGGUAGAGGUCCAACACAAAUGCGUGACAUUUGGGUACGAGAUGGAAAAAAUGCUCCAAUUAACUACAAAAGUUGGCAUAAGGUAUCUGACAAAUACAAAGAUAGAAUGUGGAAAAUCAUACAGGAAAAUUUUGAUAUUCCUCCUUUGGCAGAAAAUUGGACUAUGCGGUCUUGUGGUAAGGAACUUAAAAAUUGGAAAGCUUAUCUUAAGAGAACUUAUUAUUCACAAACUUUAUCUUUUGAGGAGCAAAAAAAAUAUAAGGACAAAAGAGUAUAUGCUGGGCAAUGGGAGGAAUUAAUAAAAUCUUGGACAACAGACGAUGCAAAGAAAAUAAGUGCUACAAACAAAGCUAGUCGUGGUCAAAAGAAAUACAACCAUACAACUGGCACAAAAAGUUUUGCACAAAUUAGAGCAGCGCAGAAAGAGAAUGGUGGAAGUACACCAACACGUGCUGCUAUGUUUAACGUACAAUUACAAGAGAAACAAGAGUUGAAUGAAUAUGUAUCAAAGGAAAAGGGUAUGAAUGACACUUUCUCUGAAGUAAUGGGUAAAGAAAAAUACGGAUCAUUCCGUAUGUACGGUUUUGGUGUUUGCCCAUCUGACGUAUGGGAAAACAAAUCCACGAAAAAAGGAAACCAAAAGAAGUAUAUACAGACUCUAGAAGCUGAAUUGAAAGAAUUAAGAUCUCAAGUUCAAGCCAACAAGCAAAAUUACAAUGCAAAUGACACAUCUAUUAUACCUGACAUGGCUCUUAAUUACAAUGACAAUGUCACUUCUUCACAACUGGCCAAAAAACCUUGUAUGUCACAUAACAAGAAAUCUCGACGUCAGUUGUGGUUUUCAUCUUCAGCAUAUGAUAUUCCAAUUGUUAAGGUUGGUGAAAUGGUUAAUCUUAAGAGUGUUACUGCUGAUCCUGAAACAAUUGCUAUUUGUCUAGUUGUUAGUAAAGAUUCAUCAAAAGAAGUUGGAGGAAAAGAGCUCGGAGAUCAUUAUUCUGAAGUUGUUGUUCAAGUUUGUAUAAACCUCGACGAGGAAUUAAUUAGACCAUAUGGACAAUGCAAGACAAUUGGUGAAGUUGUUGGAGCAUCUAUUGCAUGGCCAAGAACAUUUCUGGUUUCACGAAAAUCAGAUAAACAACUUCAUGAUUCAAUGAUGUGA